UGCAUCCAGGAAUUGGAUGGGUCCUGACACUAAGCCCAAUCUAUUUGGAUGAAUUGAUCCCAGUCCAGGAAACAUUCCCUCUGACUUUGCUGAAUAACAAUAAUUCAACAAUAAUUGAAUUCAUAUGCAUGUUUUCGUGCAGGAAAUUAGUUGCAAACAGCCAUGCUGACACCCCUAAUUUGUGUUGAAUUGCUUGCAUGGCCUUUUUCUUUGUCUCUUCAGUUGCACCUUUUUUUCGUGUCAGGAGCGACUUGAGAAACUGCAAGUUGCUUCUGGUGUGUGAGAAUUGGCCGUCUGCAAGGAUGUUGCCCAGGGGACACCUGGAUGUGUUGCCAUCCUGUGGCAGGCUUCUCUCAUGUCCCCAGAUGAGAAGCUGGAGCUGACAGACGGGAAAUCACCCCACUCCUCGGAUGUGAACCACCAACCUUUUAGUCAGCAGUCCUGCUGGCACAAGUGUUUAACCCAUUGCACUACUGGGGUAGGUAAUUGGUCCUAACCUCUUCUUUAGUUAUAUUUUAGAAGGACUGGGGAAAGAGCUUGACACCUUUCAUUUCAGAUAGUUUACUGCAGGCUUUAUUUUUUUUAAAAAAUAAAGCUGGAGCUGAUAGACGGGAGCUCACCAUGCUCCCCGGAUUCGAACCGCCAACCUUUUGGUCAGCAGUCCUGAUGGCACUAGGGUUUAACCCGUUGCACCACUGGGGGCUCUACCAAUGAAUGAUAGAAUUUAGAAGUAUACAAUUUAAGUUAUAAGAAAUGUAUUGUUAGCUGUAUUUAAUUAUCUCUAUAUUGGUAUUAUACAGCCUUAGCCAAGUUAUAGCAACUUUAUGGAGCUGUUCCUUUUUAUAAGCGGUGGUUCCUGGGAAGUUUAUGAAGAGGACAAGACAGAAUUCCUUUCAUUGUAUUCAGUUCUUUAUAGGAAAUAGAAACUAUAGGUGCACCAUAAAUAAAGGACUGGGGUUUAUGUGGUACCGAAUUUAACUUUGUAGUGGCCUAGGAAGGGCAACAUCUAGGACUCCAUAUAUUAUUGGAUGAGAGUUCCCUUCAUUCUUUGUCAUUGACUGUUGGCUGGGACUAUUUGGAAGUUAAAAUUCAAGAACGGUAUCGCCACGACCAAGACACCAGUAUUCUUUCUUGUUCACUGUUGCACUUUAACACAGGGUGACCGCAGGACACAAUUACAAAUAAGAAACUAGGGGUUUCCACAAUAUAUUGUCCUGCAGUACAUAUUUCCCAUAAUUUUGUACAAUUUGGAGUGUGUUUACACUACAAUUAACGCUGUUUGACACCCCUUUAACUGCCAUGAUUCAACACUAUGGAUUCCUGGGUGUUGUAGUUUUACAUGGAAAACCAUGACACUAGCACUCUUGUGCAGCCUUCUUCCAAAAACAACUGGUGCCCCACUAAAGUACAGAUCCCAGUAUUCCAUAGCAUUCAGCCAUGGCAGUUAAAAUGGCGUCAGACUGCAUUAUUUCUACAGUGUAGAUGCACCCUCAGUCUUGGGAAGGUUACUCUCAUAAUAACAACCAAUAAAAACUGCAAAUGCAGUCUAUCCUUUUUCAGAGUGUCCCUUUACUUUGGAAUUAGCUCCUCACAGAGCAUCUGUCAAAAUUAAAUUUUGUUAGAUAGCAGGGUUAGAGUUAGAGCAGCUCCUUUGGCAGAGAGAUCGAUAUGGUCUGAUCUCCUUUAAGCCAUAUUAGGAAGCUGUGAGUUCUGCAGCCUGAAUUGAGCUACGGUUUAGCUGUUGCAUAUCAUAAUCAGGAUUUAAUAUUAAAAGAUUACAAAGAGUUACAGCACAGUUUUGUUCAUGUCCACUACAAAGGCUCUGACUACUAUGUAGCAGAAUGUGGGGGAGAUUAAUUACACUAAGUGGGGAAGUGCGUCCUCUAGUCCUAAGUAAUUACCACUCGAACUCUUUCAAGUGUGAAGGACAUAGAGCCUUGAUCAGCUUAAAAUAACUUGAGUAGGAUACAAAGUUCAGAAAUGGACUGGUGUGGUUUGGCACCCAUGGCUCUAUUUAUUUAUUUAGUACACUUAUAUCCUGCUCUUCUCACUCCAAAAGGGGGACUCAAAGCAGCCUUACAAAAAGGCAGCGAUUUGAUGUCAUGCACAUGCAUAGAUACAGUAAAAAAUAGACAUAUACAUUAAAAAUGAAAAUCAGCAGCUAUAUUAAAAAAAUAAUUAAUAUCAUGUCAUCCAGAGUCAAAUCCAAGGCCAUUCCACAAUUCCAUAUACUCUCAUUGCACUAACUUGCUAAGCAAAAGCUUGGUCCCAUAACCAGGUUUUUGCUUUCUUCUCGAAGGUCAGGAGGGAGGGGUCUGCUCUGUUUUCGCUGGGGAGGGAGUUCUAUGGCCGAGAGGCCACCACUGAGACGGCCCUGUCUCUUGUCCCCACCAGUCACACCUGUGAAGGAGGCAGGGCUGAGAGCAGGGCCUCCCCAGAAGAACUUAACCUCCAAGUUGGAUCAUAGAGGGAGAUGCGUUCGGACAGGAAGUGGAAAUGAAGUUGAACCGGAAAGUGAGACUGAUGCCAAACCCAUAUACACAGCCCCGAAACAUGAAAUCACAGUGAUUUCAGAAAUUGACGUGCCUCCCGCUGUGAAAAAUGUGUUGGAGAAACUGGAAAUAUCACAACUGGAAAGAGCAAAGAAGGAGGUCUCUAAGAAACUCAACCGCAUUGUGGACAAUGUGAACCGGACCUACGAAUACUACAAAAGAGAUGAAGGGACUGACCCUGAUAUGGAAAAAGCGUACCAACAGUCCCAGUCGUGGGAAGAGAGAAGCCGGCGAUCUCAUUUUCUAGAUAAGGUUUCUAAUGUGCUUGAAGAUAGCCAGUUAAAAAUACAAGACUUACAAUUAGUGCUGGAGUCAUUUAAAAGCUGGUAUGAUAUGCUAAAAAGAAUUGAAUUGAAAGAAAAGGAAGUUCCCACUUACAGCAUGAUCGACGAAAUGGAACGCCACCUAAUGAAAUCCGUUAACUUAAUUGAAGUAAAUGUUCAGCGUCUAAUGAAGAUAUUCUACCCUCUCGUUGAUGAGAAAAGCAAGCCAAGGCGGAAGUCAGCUCCACGACCUGGACUGUUCAAAGCGUGGCGAGAGAAAGUGCAAGAAAAACCCCAUGAAGGCGAGCCCUUGACCCCAGAGCAGAUGCUGGAAGAUGAAGCCCGUACGAUUGCCUGCAGCCAUGAAGUGAACAACAUGAUGCACGAAAUGGUCGAUUCUACAAUAUUCAACAAAGUAGAAGUUGUUGGUAUUAAGUACAUUGCAGCCAUGGUGGGAAACCUCGUAAAGGCCUUCACCCUUCUUCAUAAGCAAUGCCGAAGCCUGAAAUUCAAAUACGAAAACCUCACAAUUCUAGAAACCCGGAAGCAUGAGCCUCAGAUUGCAAACCUGCAGAGAGAACUGCGGGCAGCCCGAGAAAAAGAGGCAGCAUUGGAAGUAGAAAUCCAGAAUGUUGAGGAAAGAUGCAAGGUCCUCAUCAUCACAAACGAAACGCUGCAACAGGAGCUGCACAGUGCCAAUGAAAGAGCAAUGGUGGCAAGUAAAGUCACUUUCACCAGAGCUGCUAAGCCUCCUUCAGAUUCAGAAAAAUUAGCUGGAAAGUCUCAACCAGAUGCUGAAAAAGAAGCAAAGCCUAAAAUAGGAGGGAAGUCUCAGCCAGGUGCUCCAAAAUUGGAUGGGAAACCAGUUACAAAAGUCCUGAGUGAUGUUCCUGAAAAGAUGCAAAGUGUUUCCUUUGAAGAAAAGGAUAUUCCUGUCAAGACACUGGAGGCAGAAAGUGGAAUCCCUGAGAAAUUGCAUGUGGUGAUUAGAGAGGUAGAGCGGAGAGAGCCUCCUCUCCUGCUCGACACACAUCUUCCCCCUGUUGGGGCACCACUUACACCUCUUGAAACAAGACCUCAAGUUCGCAGUAUUUCACUUGAUAGGACCGCUGUAGAGGCAGAAGUGCUUCAAAUCCCACCAGAGACAGUAGCAACUCCAGCAUUGCCAGAGGCAGAAGCAGCUCAAGCAUUGCCAGAAGCAAAAACAGUUCAAGCAUUGCCAGAGACAGAAGCAGCUCUAGCGUUGCCAGAGGCACCAAUAGCUGAAACAUCCCCCGACAAACUGCUGUCCUCAGAGGAGCUACCACAGAGGGACUCAGAAGAAAAGGGUCUUACGGUUACUACCAGCAUAGAGGAUGAGCAACCUAUUGAAAAAGGAGCAUAUCCCAAAGAAAAGCAACACAUUCCCUCUGGCAAACUGAAAGGGGCUAGGCAGACCUCUAAGAUAGGACAAUGGAAAAAAUUGCAAGGCUCCCUCUUAAAAAAACCAAUAAAAUCUCAAGAACGUCUAAAAGGAACAGCACCAGCACCAUCGGCAUCAACUGAAGAAAGCAUUGCUGCCCCCCUACAUGACACAGUGUCUGUCGGUGAUGCUGAAGAAGAGUUCAUUAAGGGCAGUUCUCCUGAAGUGGAAAGACCAGCAUCAUCUGAAAAAUCUGAAGGAGAGGUAUCACCCAAACUUUUAGAAGAUGAGCAUGCUCCUAGAUCUGAGACAGAAGAUGAAUCAAUCAAGAAAGGUUCACCUGAGCUCCUAGAAGAUAGUGAUUUCUCUAAAUUUGAGAUUGAAGAGGAGUCCCUAAAGGGAAGUUCAUCUGAAGUGGAACGUGCAGUACCAUCAAAACGGUCUGAAGGAGAGGUGUCACCCGCACUUUUAGAAGAUGCGCAUACUCCUAGAUAUGAGACAGAAGAUGAGUCAAUCAGGAGAGGUUCACCUGAACUGGAGCCCCCAGAAUUGCCCAAAACACCAGCAGAAGCCCCAGUUCACACCCCUUCUCCCGAGGGGACACGUGGAAAACGGAGAGCAUCAUUGAAAAGCAGUGUGGGAAAAGUAGUUACCACUGUAAAAGUUAAAAAGCUUGUCAAAACCAUGGGAGAGGGCAUGGCUCAGAAGCCUGCAGUGGCUCCAGAUACCCCAGCGAAAGGGGGCAUAGAUUCCUUAGACAGUCCAAAACGAACCUCAAGUGAAAGAGUAGAGGUUUUGGCUCUUGACACACAAGAAGCUGGUCAGGUACAGGCACCAAAACGGUUGCUGGGCAAAGCAAAGGAAGCCAAGGAAAAGAAAGAGGUGAAACGGACUGGUAGAAUACCGGCAGAAGUGCCACAAUCAAAGCAGGAGGAGAAAGCAGAAGAGAUUAUCCACGGUUUAAGGACAAAAUUGCAAGAGGUUGCCAGGGAAAGAGGUGGUGUGAUUGACGAAGAAACCAUUAAAGAAAUUUUUGCAGAAGUUAGUGCAACAGAUCGAGAUGUUUCUCCAGAAGACAGCUCUGGAAGCCAUUCCCCAGAAAUACAUACCAAAAGCUCUGUUACAAAGAAGUCCUCUUUGUCAUUAUCUGAAGCUGAAUAUACACCCACGAAGGAAAAGAGAAGCAGAAGUUUUGAACAGCCAGCUUCUGAGCAAGUUGCUGAUUCUGUACUGCAAGAAUUUCAAACAGCUAUCCUUGCUAGCUUAGAUGACAAGUUAGAGAGGGUAAGGAAGGGCUCCCUGGGCAGCCAGAAACGCUCUGUCAGAUUCCAGCCCACAGAUACUUUUGUUCAAGAUUUCUUAGAAGUCAUAGAAAGAAAACUAGAAGAAUGCUUCUUGGAAAAGCAUAAAUCCCUCAUUGGCCAAGGCACACCAAAGCCAGUGAGAAGCAUAUUAAGUAAAGCAGAAUUACCAGAAGAAGAGGAGCAGGAAAUUAAAGUUAUUUCCCCAUCUUUUGACAGCCAGCCUGUGCUGGCCCCAGUCUCUCCAGACAGUUCUUUUAGUACUCUUCAGACAGAAGGGGAGAAACCCAUUUCACCUAAAGACUCCUCAGAUGGAAUGACAUGGCACAAGCAGGAGGAGGAAGAGGAGGAGGAGGAGGAGGAAGAAGAAGGAGAACAACUGUGGAAAAGCCAAGAAGAGCCACAGAGUAAAAAAGAAUUUUUCUUCCAACUCCUGCCCAGGCUGGACGAAGAAGAUGAGAAUGAUUUAGAGGAGAUCACAUCUCCCAAGGAAGAAGACCAGUUGCCUAAAGAAGGUGAUGUGCUGCACAAGGAAUCAUGGCAGGAAAGGAUGAAACAGUCUUCUGAGGAAUUGCAGAAGCAUGCCUGGAAGGAGAAGGAGCUACUGCAGAAAGAGUCCAAGUCAGAAACAGGAAUGACGGACUCAGAGAAGGUGGAUGAAUACAAGGAAGACUGGUACAUUCAGUUGCAGGAGAUGCUGCAGGCUGAGAAGGCAUGUCUGCAAGAGGAGCAAGAACGGCUACAGGAGGAGCGCCAGCGGCUGGAAGAGGAGGCAAAAUAUUUGGAGCAUUGGCAGGAGGUGUUUGAACAGCAGCGGAAACAAUGGGAGGAGCAGGAGGAGCAGCGCAAGGAGCAGGAGUGCUUGUGGCAAGUGCAGCUCCAGCACUGGGAACACAUGCAAAGGGAGGCCCAGGAGCAGGAGCAGCACUGGCUCAAGCAGCAGGAUCGACAGAAGGAGCAGCAAAUACUCAUGCAGGAGGAACUGGAGCAGUUGAAGCAGGAGUAUGUGGAGUACCUGAAGCUGCGGGGGAAGCAAGCAGAAGAAGCCUGGCAGUGGAACCAGCUGAAGACUUGGCAUGAGCAGAGGCAGCAAGCCUGGGAAGAGGAGGAUGAAGAACAGGAAAGGAAGCGAGCCCAGUGGCAGGUGCAGCUAACAAGCCACAAGGAACAGAUUGAGGCCUUACAACAAGAGCGGGAAGCAAAGGAGCAGGAGUUCCAGAAGUGGCAGAAGGAUCAGAAGGAGCAGCAGGAAAAGCUGGAGCAACUUUGGGAGCAGCGCUGGGAGCAGCAGCUGCAGAGCUGGCACCAUCAGAUGCAUAAACAGCGGACCCGGCAACUGAAAUGGCAACAGCAGAGCCACAGAUUGACAAAGAGGCAGCAAGAGAUACAGCGGUUAAAGUCUCUGCGUCCGAAGGUGAAAGUUGUGGAGGGCUCUAGGCUGGAUCGGCCUCCCAAGCAGCAAAGAGUUUCUCCCACCCUCAGGGAGAGACUUCUUUCUACUACCCCCCAGAUCACACCCAUUCCUAGCAAGGAAUUUGAGGAAGAUUCCUGGGAGCUGGAGACUACUUGGUUUCCUAAGCUAUUCUCCAAAACAGAGAAGUUUCCUGCGCCUGCUGUCACAGAGAAGCGAUACUGGAUAAAUGUAGAGGCUCAGAGGAAAAACCUGGAGGUGUUGAAGCAAGCUGCCCAGAAGUCUGGAAUUUCAGUAGAUCUGUACAUCAAAGCCAAAGCAUUAAUCCAACAAGUAUUGCACAGCAAUGUUGAAAGGCUGGGUUUGCUUUUCAGGAAAUACGAGUCUUUCAGCCAUCUCCAGGAAGUCAGGCGAAAAUUAACUAGUCAGCUGGAUGCUGCCAAAGAAGCUCAGGAUGGGGCUAAAAUGCAAAGUAUGUACAAGAUGGUAGAGAAGGUGGAUGCUUACCAGAAAAAGGUUCUGGAGCGUUGGACGGUUAAGCAGAAUACAGUAGAACAGAAGCGCCGGCAGGGCCUUGAAAAGAUGAUUGCCUUGUUUACGCAACUCCGCUCAAGCACCAAACUCCAUCUCAAGGACCCAUGCCCACUGAUGGUCAAAGGAGAAGAGGCCAUAAGGAAGGAGACCCUGCACCUGCCCCGCCUUGGGUCUGUUGGCCUGAAGACCAGAGUCUACCGAAGUCCUUUGAUCAGUGUGAAGAAAACUCAAGAUUUCACAUUCUCAGCUGUAGUUACCAGAGAACCAAGCAGUGAACAGAUAGAGUCAUUGUGGAAGACAGACAUUACAGAACUGAGUAUCCCCAUUGGACCCAAAGAACCUGUGUCAUUGUUGUGGUCUGAGACUUGUGGCUUUCCAGAUGUACCUAGACUUUUGGAAUUAGACAUUUCUUCCAUUAGGAGAAAACCCCUUGAAAAUGUAAAGACUCGGAUUCAGAAUAUUCCUAGAUGGCAACUAUCUGGAUAUAAUUUUAUGCAUUUGUAAAUUGGAUAGUAAUCUAUACAUAAUUUCAAUAUGUAAAUUAAUUAAAUAGGUUUAAAAUAUAUAUAUAAUUUAUUGGUCGUAUCAUUUUAAUAAAGGUCAGAUGUAUCUA